AUGCAUGUCCUAACACAGUAUAUAGUAAAUAAAAAUAAUCGUUACAGAAUAUCAAGGAUAAUUAUAAAGUUAUGGAGCUAAAUAUUACUUCCGGUUAAUUUCGCAUAUUUAUACGUGGCAACGUUGCGUCUGUUUAAAGUAACCAAUCAAACGCAAUCCGCAUUGACGAAACGACCAAUCGCGUUGCUGGAGGGAUGUACCCAUAAUGCACCGAAAACGAAAGUACAUAGUGCGAUUGUGUGACGAUUUCUCUAGUAGAUUUCCGACUCUGCUACUUUGUUCUCUUCGUUGUCGGACGCCGUAGUGAACGCUUCGUUUCGCAGGAAAGUCGCGAGCGAGUGUUGUACCUUUUUUUUUCACGAAGAAUUUUGCUAUUAACAAUUGCUGUUUUUCAUUCGAACGGACGAUGGCAGGAACUGAAUCGCCUAAUUUAAUAAAAUCCGAGUCGCAGAACACGUCUACGGAAAAUAGCAACGAAAAUGUACGGGAACGAAAUCCUCCCGGUGGCGGUAAUCGCGGUCCGCGUGGUCGAAAAGGAGGAACACGUUUUUCCGGUGGACGUGGCGGUGGAAUGGGCGGAGGAAACAGAAAUAACGAUGGACCGAUGAAAAUGAACGAUCCCAUUCAUGGAGGCAUGGAUGGAGGUAUGGACAGUACAAUGAAUGAAGGAAUGGGUGGAGGUAUGGGAGGUGGUAUGGGAAUUGGACGCGGUGGUGGAAUGCGUGGUGGUAGAGGUGGUCGUGGAGGUAUUGAAAGAAACAUGGCAAACCGCUCACAAGAUGAUCGCUUGAUGGAGCGAAUUAUGGCUAUUAGCGGACCUACGCACGAUCUACCACCCCAAGAGACCACAGAAAAGAAAUUCAGUGGUCGUAAUCGUUUAUAUAUCGGAAAUUUGACAAACGACGUCACAGACGAAGAGAUUCAACAAAUGUUUCAACAAUACGGUGAAAUAUCCGAACUUUUUGUAAAUAAGGAAAAGAAUUUUGCAUUUCUUAGAAUGGAUUAUAGGGUAAACGCUGAAAAAGCAAAACACGAGUUGGAUGGUACAAUGCGAAAAGGACGUGCACUCAAAGUGCGUUUUGCACCUUACUCACAAAUUAAAGUUAAGAAUCUUACGCCUUGGGUCUCGAACGAAUUACUUGAAAGAGCAUUCAGCGUCUUUGGUGAAAUUGAACGCGCGAUAGUUAUUGUAGACGAUAGAGGGAAGUCUACCGGAGAAGGAAUCGUAGAAUUUUGCAGGAAACCAUCAGCUCAACUUGCUCUACGAAAGUGCACGGAAGGAUGCUACUUCCUCACGGCGUCCUUACGUCCUGUAGUUGUUGAACCAUUUGAACAACAAGAUGACAUUGAUGGUUAUCCAGAUAAAACCUUGCCUCGUAAAAAUCCAGAAUUCUUUAAAGCUCGUGAUAUCGGGCCAAGGUUUGCGCAGAUCGGAAGUUUCGAACAUGAGUAUGGAACGAGGUGGAAGCAGCUCCAUGAAUUGUACAAACAAAAAGAAGAAGCGUUAAAGAGAGAAAUGGCAAUGGAGGAAGAGAAAUUGGAAGCUCAAAUGGAGUUUGCACGAUACGAACACGAGACUGAAUUGUUAAGGGAACAAUUGCGCAUGCGUGAGGCUGAUCGUGAGAGGCAAAAAAGAGAAUGGGAAAUGAAAGAAAGACAGGCCGAGGAACAAAGAACGCGCGAAGAGGAAUUACGAAGGAGACAGCAAGAAGAAAUGGCAAUGCGUAUUAGAAGACAAGAGGAAGAACUGCAUAGGCGUCAACAGGAGAAUAAUUUGUUCAUGCAGGAUCCAAAGUCUUUCAUGGAUGCUUACAAUAGUAUGGAUCGUGGUAGCCGUGGGGGUUACAAUGACGAUCGUAGUCAAAUAAUGGAUUUGAUGGACAUGAGGGUCGAUAUGGGUAAUAUGGGUGGUGGUCGUGGAAGUAGUGGUGGCAGUGGACGUUGGCAAGGUGGCAAUGAUCGUAAUCGUCAGGAUGAUUAUCCUAAUAAGCGAAGACUUUCCUUGGAUUUUUACUCACGAGUUCCUGAAUCUGAACGUAUCUCAAUCAUCGGUCGUUUACUUCCUCAUAAAAGUUGGUGUUCAGAUUGCUUCUGAUUGUCAGAAUCACAAAUUGCUUCAUUAA